AUGUCUUCUUCGGAACCGAAAAGAUGGAUAUACGACGUGUUCUUGAGCUUCCGAGGCGAAGACUCUCGCCGCACAACCGCCUCACAUCUCUACAAUUCUCUUACUCAAGCCGGCCUUUACGUUUUCCGCGACGAUGAAGAGCUUCAGAAAGGAGACCAGAUCUCGCCCUCACUGAUUCGAGCAAUAGAAGCUUCUAGAAUCUCUCUGGUCAUUCUGUCGGAACAUUACGCUGCCUCAACAUGGUGCCUGGAAGAGUUGGAGAAGAUAAUGGAGUGCCGGAGAAGCAUAGGUCAGUGGGUUAUUCCGGUGUUCUGUGAUGCAAGUCCUUCAAAAAUACGCCUUCAGGAAGGUCCUAUCGGAGAAGCUUUCCGGCAGCAUCUGCAAACGUUCUCAGAGGACAAAGUCAAUCUUUGGAGGGCAGUCCUCCGCCAAGUUUGUAGCUUUUCAGGGGUGGAUCUCCGAUGUUCCAGGAAUGAAGCUGAGGAAAUCAAUACGGUUGUUAAAGAAAUCACUAGGUUCAUAGGCAAUACACUCUUGUUUGUUGCUCAAUAUCCUGUUGGAUUAGAAUCUCGUGUGGAACAUGUGAUCAAUCUCUUAAACUUACAACAGUCAGAGAAGGUUUUGAUAUUAGGAAUUUUGGGAAUUGGAGGAAUUGGAAAAACAACUAUUGCCAAAGCCAUUUAUAAUCAAAUUCAUCGUCGUUUCGAAGGCCAUUGCUUCCUUCCAGAUAUUAGAGAAUCUUGGAAGCAAAGCACUAACCGGGUUUAUUUACAAGAACGACUUCUUUCUGAUAUCUACAAAACAACAAAGAUAAAGAUACAUAACAUUGAAUCAGGAAAGUUUAUAUUGCAGCAAAGGCUUCCUGGGAAAAGGUUACUCCUUAUACUUGAUGAUGUUGAUGAAUUAGACCAACUAAGAGCUUUAUGUGGGAGUCGCGAAUGGUUUAGUCCUGGUAGUAGAAUAAUCAUCACAACAAGAAAUGAGCACUUACUCAAAGUGUUUGAAGCUGAUCACAUAUCUAGGAUGUCAAUUAUGGACGAUGAUGAAUCUUUUGAGCAUUUUACUUGGCAUGCAUUCAAAGAAAAAAGUCCUCAAAAAGAUUUUCUUGAACUUGCUACAAAGGUAGUUGCAUAUUGUGGAGGAUUACCCCUAGCUCAUGAAGUUAUUGGAUCCUUAUUGUUCAAUAAGAAGAAAAAGUUGUGGGAAAGUGUAUUGGAGAAACUUACAAGAAUUCCCAAUCAUGAAAUACACAGAAAACUAAGAAUAAGUUUUGAUAACUUAAGUGAUGAUACAGAAAAAGAAACUUUUCUUGAUAUAGCAUUCUUCUUUAUUGGGAUGGAUCGAAAUGAUGUCAUAAAUAUUUUAGAUGAAUAUGAUGCUGAAGUUGGAAUAAGCACUCUUGUAGACCGAAGUCUUGUGACGGUUGAUAAAAAUAACAAACUUGGAAUGCAUGAUCUGCUGCGAGAUAUGGGAAGAGAAAUUGUCCGAGAGAAAUAUCCGAAGGAGCCAGAGGGGCGUAGCAGGUUAUGGUUGCAGAAGGAAGUGCUUGAAGUGCUACAAAAACACAUUGGUACAAAAGCUAUUGAGGGACUAACUUUGAAGUUGACAAGAACUGAUACAAUUUGUUUGAAGACUGAAGCAUUUAAGGAGAUGAAGAAACUCAGAUUGCUUCAACUUGCAGGUGUACAACUUGGUGGAGAUUUUGAAUAUAUUUCAAAAGAUCUAAGAUGGCUUUACUGGCAUGGAUUUCCUUUGAAAUAUAUGCCUUCAAACUUUUCUCAAACAAGCUUAGUUUCCAUUGAGUUAGAAUCUAGCAGUCUCAAAUUAGUGUGGAAAGAGCCAAAGGUUCUCAUGUUCCUUGAGAGGUUAAAAAUUCUCAAUCUUAGCCAUUCUCAGCACUUGACAGAAACCCCUAACUUCUCAUACUUGCCUAAUCUUGAAAAGCUGUUACUCAACGACUGUCCACGUUUGACUGCAAUUUCAGAAACCAUUGAACAUCUCAAAUACAUUCUUUUCAUCAAUUUGGAAGAUUGCACAAGCCUUCAUAACCUUCCAAGAAGUUUCUAUAAGUUGAAAUCUCUGAAAACUCUCAUUAUUUCGGGAUGCUCAAUGAUUGAUAAAUUGGAAAAUGAUUUGGACCAAAUGGAAUCCUUGGUAACUUUGAUUGCAGACAAGACUGCAAUAACACAAGUGCCAUUUUCAAUAGUAAGAUCAAAAAGCAUUGGAUAUGUUUCUUUGUGUGGUUAUGAAGGAUUCUCACGUGAUGUGUUUCCUUCUCUCAUUUGGUCAUGGAUGUCACCGACAAAUAAUUUCUCAUCUCAAGUUGAAACAUGUAUGGAUUUGGAACUUGUUUCCUCAGAUGUAGGAAAGCUUCGAAGUUUGCAAGUGGAGUGCAACUCAGAUUUUCAACUAGCUGAAGGUAUUGCAAGAAUUUUGGACACUCUGUAUGCAACAUAUUACAAUGAAUUAGAAGCAACACCAACUACAUCACAAGUCUCAAACAUGGGAAGUUCAUCCAUAAUUAGUAUUUGCAAUCAAUUUCAAAUGAAUGGAUUAGUCAAGUCUCUUCUAAUUGAAGUGGGAGUCAAGAACCAAGUCAGCAACAUUCUUAAGGAGAGAGUUUUUCAGAAAUUGAGCACCAAUGAGCAUGACAAUUAUUUGUUGCCGGGUGACAAUUAUCCUGAUUGGUUGACCUUCAAUUCUGAUGGCGCUUCUAUAAUUUUCAAUGUCCCUCACGGGAAUGGACGUGACUUGAAGACAAUGACAAUGUGCAUUGUUUAUUCUUCUUCUACAGACACCAUCUCACUAAAAUGUCUCAAGAAUGUGUUGAUAAUAAAUUACACAAAAUCUACCAUUCAAGUGUAUAAGUGUGAGACACUAGCUUCUCUUGAAGAUGACGAGUGGCAAAGCAUAAUUUCAAGUUUGGAACCCGGAGACAGAGUUGAGAUUGUGAUUGUUGUUUAUGGGACAGAAUUUGUUGUGAAGAAGACAUCAGUUUAUCUCAUAUAUGGUGAGCCAAAUAAUCAAGAUAGGGAUACUACCGAUAUGUCAGAAGAUAAGAAUGUUAUUAGUUUUGGCAGAGCUAAAAAUUGCCUUGGAGCAGCUGAAACUGAAAGCCCCAUGAGAGAAGAGGGACGUGUUAGAAUCCACUAUGAAACUUUGUGA